GGAUUAAAAGAAAAAAAAAAAAAAAAAGAGAGAGAGAGAGAGAGACGCGGACACGGACACACACAGAGGACUCCUCUUCUUUCGGUGCCUGCACUUAUGCCCGGUGCAGCUCACUUCCAACCCCGCUGCCAACCUGCUGCCUACUUCUACCCCGGAGAAACCUCAGCUCAGCCCCAAGCCGGGCCCCCGGGGACCCCCGCCCGCACCGUGAGCAAGGGCACAGGAUGGCCUCAGUUCUCCCUCUGCUGCUGCUCUGGGCGUUUGCCCCCACGGUGGUCCCGGAGGUGCUCAGUCCUGAAGAUGUCACAGAUGACCUCAAGGCCCUGCAGGUGUCCAUCCCACGGCACCCAGCCCUUCACGCUGUGCUGGCAGGGGAUGUCACCAUCCCCUGCCUCAUCACCUACCUCGCACCCCUGCCCACUGCCAGCACGGCAGGGCGCCGGGCAGUGCUGGGAGCCCCCCGGGUCAAGUGGACCUUCAUCUCUGAAGGCAGGGAGGCGGAGAUCUUGGUAGCACGGGGGGAAAGGGUGAAGGUGAGUGAGGACUACCGCCUCCGUGCCUCCUUGCCCGUCUUCCAUCAGCGUUACACUGACGCCUCUCUGCUGCUCACUGAGCUGCGCCCCAACGACUCGGGGAUCUACCGCUGUGAUGUGCAGCAUGGCAUCGAGGACGGCCACGACAUCCUCGACCUCAGAGUCAAAGGAGUGGUGUUUCACUACCGUGGGGGUUCCACGCGCUACACCUACACUUUUGCCGAGGCGCAGGAGGCGUGCACUGCCAUCAGUGCCAGCAUUGCCACCCCUGAGCAGCUGUAUGCUGCCUAUCUGGGCGGCUACGAGCAGUGUGAUGCUGGCUGGAUCGCUGACCAGACCGUCAGGUACCCCAUCCACACUCCCCGCGAGGCGUGCUAUGGAGACAUGAAUGGCUUCCCAGGGGUGAGGAACUACGGUGUGGUGGACCCGGAGGACAUGUACGACGUGUACUGUUAUGCUGAGGACGUGCCAGGGGAAAUAUUUUUGGAGACGGCCCCGGACAAGUUUACCCUGGAGGAGGCGGUGGCGCGGUGCCGGGCGCAGGGUGCGGUGCUGGCGAGCACAGGACAGCUGUACGCAGCCUGGAGUGCAGGGUUGGAUGCCUGCAACCCGGGCUGGCUGGCUGAUGGCAGCGUCCGCUAUCCCAUCGUCACCCCGCGGGAGCGCUGCGGAGGAGCCCUGCCGGGUGUCAAAACCAUCUUCCAGUUUCGCAACCAGACGGGAUUCCCCGAUGCACAGAGCAGAUACGAUGCGUACUGCUUCCGAGAAGGGACAAACUCUUUCCCUGAGGCUGCAGGAAAAUAUCAAGCCAGAGAGCCCGAGGGCCUCCAGGAGAUUGUUACAGUGGCAGAAAAGCUGGAGGAGCUGCAGCUGCCCAAAGCGCAAGUGGAGAUUGAGUCGCGAGGGGCUAUAUACGCCGUCCCUUUCUUUAAGGAUGUGGCUGAUGCUGAGCUGGAAAAGCCAAGCCUGUCCCCCGAAGACACCCGGCACCCCCCAAUAGAUACCUCCUUGUCCUCAGCACGAGGACAUCACCCAUCCUCGGCUGCCCCUUUCCCCACAGCCCCAGCCGUCCCCAAGGCAGGCAUCCCGCAUAGCUGUGCUGCACAACCAGGCAGCCCGUCCCCUGCAGACCAGGACGAGGCGACAGGGACAGGUGGAAGGUGCACAGAGGCCAGGCAAGAGCCAUCCCGCACGGAAGAUGGAGCAGCACUGGAAUGGCAGCUGAGCUCCGUGCUGGGUGAGGACUCCGGGAACACAGCAGCAGAGAGUCCAGGCAGAGGGCAAGAGCCUGGACAGCCCAUGAAGCCGAAUGUGCAGACACUCUUGGUGGGCACAGAAGGACCCAGUGACGCCCUGUCCCCAGCGGUGGCUGCAGCAGGUGACACACAGCCAUCCAAUGGGCAUCCCCAGCCACCUGGCCCCGUUGUCCCCACGUGCCUCCCCAUCCACCUGUGGGAAGCUGUGGGGCGGCCAGCCCACAACGGCAGGGCAUCUGGGCACAGGGACAGCCAGGUGACACCUCCGACCAGCGCCACUUUUGUCACUUCGACAGAUAUGCAAGAGCCAUCCCCCUCCAUAGGCAGCCGUGGGGCCGGGGGCACCAGCACCCCCAUCCACACUGCAGGGGCUGCUGAGGACCCUGAACUGUCAGGAGAUGUGACCGAAAACCCUGGGGCAUCCCCGCUGCCCCCCGCACCGCCGCAGCUGCAGGAUGAUGGAGAGGAGCAGUCGGGGGCCCCGUGGCUCUCCUCACCCACAGCACCAGGGGAUGGGGGCACAGCCCCGGCAACGGCGGUCACCCCAUGGCACGCAGAGGUGCCCAGCAGCAGCGAUGCACUGCAAACCCCAAGCACUGAUCAUGGGAUGCCCGCUGCAUCUUCAGAAGAGGAGGAGGAUGAGGAAGAGGAGGAUGAAGAAGAGCGUCCGAUGCCCUCUGUUGCAACCGUGGAGGGUUUCCUUGCAGCUGUCCCCGGAGAACCAGGUGGCUGCAUCCCCAACCCCUGCCUGAACGGAGGGACCUGCAUUGAGGAUGGCACCCAUCCCACCUGCCUCUGCCUGCCAGGUUACGGAGGGAGCAGCUGCGAGAGACCGCUGAAGAGGUGCAGCCCCAGCUGGGACAGCUUCCAGGGAGCCUGCUACAAGCACUUCUCCACCCGGAGGAGCUGGGAGGACGCCGAGUCACAGUGCAGACAUUUUGGGGGGCACCUGGCCACCAUCCUGACCCCCGAGGAGCAGGACUUCAUCAACGAACAGUACCGCGAGUAUCAAUGGAUCGGCCUCAACGACCGCACCAUCGAGGGGGACUUUCAGUGGUCCGACGGCAGCCCUCUGCUCUAUGAGAAUUGGCACCCGGGGCAGCCCGACAGCUACUUUCUCUCCGGUGAGAACUGCGUGGUCAUUGUGUGGCACGACGGGGGACAGUGGAGCGAUGUCCCCUGCAACUACCACCUCUCCUACACCUGCAAAAUGGGGCUGGUGCAGUGCGGACCCCCCCCUACUGUCAGCAACGCCCGAGCCUUCGGCAAACCAAAGCAGCGCUACGAGAUCGGCUCCAUCACGCGCUACCACUGCCGCCACGGCUUCGCCCCGCGCCGCUCCCCCAUCAUCCGCUGCCGUGAGGAUGGGAUUUGGGAACGGCCCCAGCUCUCCUGCCGCCCCGGGCUGGCCCAGCACUCCGAGGACUGAGUGAGCUGUCACCUUCCCAGGCCCCGGAGCUGGCAUGGAUGGGGAUGUCACUGGGAUGGCAGUGCAGCCCUGGAGGGCAAGAGGUGCCCUGGUGGGUGCCUGCCCUCUGCUUGUUUUAUAUCUGUACAAAGAAACCCCAACAACUAAAGAGUCCCUCAAAAGGAAUUGCCAGCAACUCGUGUGGUGUC